AGUGAGGGUCUUUUCACAGCUGCCUGGGGAUCCCGGAAGCGGCUGCGUGUAGUCUGUGCAUCCUGUGAGGAGGAGGACGGCGCCGGUGUGAGGGGCUAUUCAUUGUGUCACCCUAUACCGGGGCUUCUCUACCGGCUGACACCGUUACUUGAGCGGAUACAAUGACCGCCCUGCUCACAGCCUGCCUCCUCUCCUGUCUCAUUGCCCAGGCUGCAGCCAAAGGAGUGACUGCAAGCUUAGGUGCCAAGUGGCCAGAAAGCCCCCUGUUACUGGAGGCCAGUGAGUUUAUUGCUGAAGAGGGAAAUGACAAGUUUUGGCAGUUUUUGGGGACAGUACAGGAGAUAACCAUAUAUAAGAACAAGGAUUCUGAAUAUUCCUAUUACAGCUUGAUAUUAAAAAAAGCUGGCCAGUUUCUUUCCGACCUGCAAAUCAGUUUGCUGAAAUUAGCAUUUUCUAUAAGAGCACAUUCUCCUACCGUGCAGAUGUUCCAACAGAUUGCGACUGAUGAGCCUCCUCCAGAAGGUUGCAGCGCAUUUGCGUCUAUCCACGGGAGACACACCUGCAAACCAAGUCAGAUUAAAAAUCUUCUGAAGGAAGCACUGGAUAGGCCUAGACCUUAUUUGUAUAAAGGAGAUCAUAUCUUCCCUACUCUUUCAAAGACUGCUCCAGUUGUAAUUUUGUAUUCAGAAAUUGGUACAAAAGCAUUUGCCACCUUUCAUAAAGUGCUGGUGGAAAAAGCAGAAAGUGAAGAGAUCAUAUAUGUUUUAAGACAUUACAUACAGAAACCAAGUAAUAGGAAAACUAACCUGUCUGGCUAUGGAGUUGAACUUGCUAUAAAGGACACUGAAUACAAGGCAAUGGAUGAUAGUCAAGCUGAAGCCAUCAAUUCUACUGACAAGUUAUAUGAUGGGAUCACUGAAGAUGUUCAAGGAUUUUACUUUGACAAACUAAUACAAAUGUACCCUGAUUUAAAAGACAAUCUGGUUGAAUUCCGAAAACAUCUUAUCGAAAGUACAAAUGAGAUGGUGCCGUUAAAAGUUUGGGAGUUGCAAGAUCUCAGCUUUCAAGCGGCCUCAAAAAUUGUUUCUACUCCUGUUUAUGAAGCAUUGAAGGUUUUAAGAGACAUGAGCCAGAAUUUUCCAAUAAAGGCAAGAUCUUUAACAAGAAUUGCACUAAACCGGGAGAUGAGGAAAGAAAUUGAGGAAAAUCAAAAGCAUUUAGCUGACACGUAUGGAAUCCAGCCUGGCGAUGCAAACCUAUAUAUUAAUGGUCUUCAGUUUGAUCUCGAUGCUCAGAAUUCAUUCAGUAUCUUGGAUAUUCUGAAAAAUGAAGGGAAAGCACUACAUGGGCUCGCUGUUCUGGGAAUUAAAAAUGAAGACAUCAUCAAAUAUUUGCAAUUACAAGUCCAUCCAGGGGAGGAAAAUUAUGCUUUAGAUAUCCGCAAUUCUGCCAUUAAUUGGGUUAAUGAUAUUGAGACUGAUCACAAGUAUUCAAAGUGGCCUUCAAGUCUCCAAGAGCUAUUAAGACCAGUGUUUCCUGGAGCUAUACGUCCCGUCAGACGCAACUUUUUUAGUUUGGUUCUUUUCUUCGAUCCUUCUCAAGAUUAUGCUGCUGAUUAUGUGAAGCUCGCUGAAUUAUUCUACCAACACAAUGUGCCUCUCAGGAUUGGUUUUGUGUUUGUGUUCGGCUCUGCUGAAAAUGGUGAAUCCAUUGAAGAUGCGGGAGUUUCCUUGUGGCGUGCCUUCAAUUACAUGGUUGAUGAAUCUGAUGCCUCUCAUGCUUUUACUUCCUUAAUUAGUAUGUACAAUAAAAUAGGUAGUGGUGAAGUGUUGACUGUGGAUAUUGUGAAGUCUGUUCUGAAAUACCAGUUUCCUUUGGCUGAUGUUGACAGUGUCCUUGGUAUCAAUUCUGAAUACAAUCGCAAGUUAAAGGCAGGAGCAACCUUUUAUAAGAAGAGUGGCCUGGGUCCAUUGCCUCAAGUUCUCUUUAAUGGUGUGCCCUUUAAUAGUGAGGAGAUGGAUGUUGAAGAGAUGGAGACAGUUAUUCUACAGAAGAUCAUGGAUGCCACAGGGUACUUCCAGAGGGCAGUGUUCAUGGGUCUACUAAAUGAUCACAUGGAUGUUGUGGAUUUCUUGAUGGACCAGCCAAACAUAGUGACUAGAAUUAACCCGACAAUUCUUACAAGCGAAAAGACCUAUAUUAAUUUUAUUUCAAGAUCAGCUGCAUACAGUCUGCAGGAUUAUGAAACAUUUUCUUAUCUGGAUUCUCAAGACAAGAGUUCUGUUGUUUCUGAAAAUAUGAAGUAUGCUACAAAAGAUGAUGAGGAUGUAAUUUAUGCAGUCACCAUCUGGAUUAUUGCUGACUUUGACAAGCCAGCUGGGAGACAACUGCUUGCUAAAGCUGUGAAACACAUGAAAAAAAGCAGCAUUGCUCGACUUGGAAUCAUAAAUAAUCCAACCUCUAAAAUAACUGAAGAAAACACAUUGAUAUCCCGUGCCAUUUGGGCUGCUUUUCUUACACAGAAAAGCCAUAACAUGCUGACGUUCUUUUCAAAGCUUUCAAAAGAAGAAACCACGGACGCACUUGUAAAAGGGCAGAAAAUCAGAGAGUUCCUGGUUUCGGAAAUGGAUGAUGAUGCGUUUGAAAAGAAGUAUAAUACCAUGGGAUUAGACAUACUUCGUGCUCAGGAAUUGUACUGUCGGGAAGUUCUCAAACUAUUGCCUGGGCAGAUGGCUGUGAUCAGUAAUGGAAGGAUCUUGAACAAUAUUAAUCAAGAUGACUUCCACGAAGAAGACUUUCAGUUAUUGGAAAAGAUUACCUAUACUGUCUCUGCAGAAAAGAUUAAAGACCUUGUGAAAAAAAUAGCAGCACCAUCAAAACGUACUUCAAGUGAUUUGGUUAUGAAAGUGGAUUCGCUUCUUUCAUCUAUGCCCAAAGGAGAAUCAAGACAAGAUCUGAAGUUUGUGAAACAGAAACACAGCCUGCUUAAAGUGGAACCCCAUGAAGAUGGUCCUUUUAUAAAUGUUAUUGCUGUGGUUGAUCCUCUAUCCAGAGAAGCUCAAAAGAUGUCACACUUAUUAAUUGUGCUUGGCCGUGUAAUGAAUAUGAAAUUAACCAUGUUCAUGAAUUGCAAAGCAAAAUUAUCAGAAAUGCCCUUGAAAAGUUUCUAUCGUCUUGUGCUUGAGCCAGAAUUGAUAUUUUUAAGUAACAAGAGUCUCUCUCCGGGUCCAGUGGCUAAGUUCCUGGAUAUGCCUGAAUCUCCUCUGCUAACUCUUAACAUGAACACCCCAGAGAGCUGGCUUGUAGAAGUAGUGCACAGUUCAUGUGAUCUUGAUAACAUCCAUCUACAAGACGUUGAGGGGAUUGUUACGGCAAACUAUGAACUGGAGUAUUUGUUACUGGAGGGUCAUUGUUUUGAUGUGACAACAGGACAACCACCUAGAGGUCUUCAGUUUACCCUAGGCAUGAAGAAUGAUCCAGUCAUGGUAGACACUAUAGUUAUGGCUAACCUGGGAUAUUUCCAACUGAAGGCCAAUCCAGGGGCAUGGUUGUUGCGUCUUCGUAAAGGGAGGUCUGAAGACAUUUACCAUAUAGUCUCGCACAUGGGACCAGAUUCUCCACCAGAUGAAGAGGAGGUGAUCGUAGUACUCAGUAACUUCAACAGCAAGAUUAUUAAAGUUCACGUGCAGAAAAAGCCGGAUCAAACACAUGCAGAUCUCCUGAGCAGUGAGCCAGAAGAGAAGACAGGCCUGUGGAAUUCAAUUAUGAGCUUUACAGGUGCGACAAAUACGGAAUCAAAAGGAAAAAAAUCAGACGUUCUAAAUAUCUUCUCUGUUGCAUCAGGACAUCUGUAUGAACGUUUUCUUAGAAUCAUGAUGCUUUCUGUUCUUCGAUAUACAAAAACACCAGUGAAGUUCUGGUUUAUAAAGAACUACCUUUCUCCACGGUUUACGGAAAUCAUACCGCACAUGGCCCAGGAAUAUGGAUUCCAGUAUGAGUUAGUCCAAUACAAGUGGCCUCGAUGGCUACACCAACAGACUGAGAAGCAGCGGAUUAUAUGGGGUUACAAAAUCCUCUUCCUCGAUGUUUUAUUCCCACUCGCGGUAGACAAAAUAAUCUUUGUUGAUGCUGACCAGAUUGUUAGGACAGAUUUAAAACAAUUAAGAGACUUUGACCUUGGCGGUGCACCCUAUGGUUAUACCCCAUUUUGUGACAGUCGCAAAGAGAUGGAUGGGUAUCGCUUUUGGAAGUCUGGAUAUUGGGCAUCUCAUCUUGGACACAGGAAGUACCAUAUCAGUGCUUUAUAUGUAGUGGACCUUAAAAAGUUCAGGAAAAUUGCUGCAGGCGACAGGCUUCGUGGACAAUACCAGGCUUUAAGUCAGGACCCAAACAGUUUAUCUAACUUGGAUCAGGACCUUCCCAAUAAUAUGAUUCACCAAGUGUCCAUUAAAUCCCUACCUCAAGAGUGGCUGUGGUGUGAGACCUGGUGUGAUGACAAGUCCAAGGGAAAAGCCAAAACUAUAGAUCUGUGCAACAAUCCCAAAACUAAGGAACCCAAAUUAAAGGCUGCAGCACGCAUAGUCCCUGAAUGGACCGACUAUGACAAUGAGAUCCGUCAGUUUUUGAAAAGGAUAGAAGAGCAGAAAAGGAAUGGAACACAAGCACCCCCUAAAGACUUGAAUCAUGAUGAACUUUAGCACGUUUCAGGUCCACAGAAAGUAAAGACCCCACAACGGACUCAUCAUUCUGCAAUAGACUCUUAACAUUGCAGGACUUGUAUCUGCAGGAAACUAGGAUUCAUAUGGACAGUUCUUCUUUGAUCACUAAGAGACGUGUUUCUAAAGAUAUAUAUAUUAUUUUUUUUUUAUGAAUUAAACAUACAUUUUUUGGUACAUUUUUUUGUGAAUUAAUUUUAUGUCGGAUGGUACAGCAAUGGUAAGAAGCAUUGGAUUCCCGGACACAGGUCUAUGUUAGGAGUCUCUAGCACAGUGUUUCCCAACCAGUGUGGCUCAUGCUGUUUCAAAACUACAACUCCCAGCAUUCCCGGACAGCCGUUGGCUGUCCGGGCAUGCUGGGAGUUGUAGUUUUGCAACAGCUGAAGGCACAUUGGUUGAAAAACACUGCUCUAAGCUAUGGUAUACCAGCAAGUUUUGCUGCGAUAUCCUACAUGUACUUGAUGGACAACUUUCUUGUAAUUGGCAGUGUAGACUAUGAAUGGCACAGGGCAGGUUUAGAGGUAUGAUAGGUUUUGGUGCCCGUUAUUACCGACAUUAACUUAAGCGUUGUAGUCUUUAAAGUUUUGCACAGAUAAUGGUUAAACCAGACUGUUAUAUAGCAGACCCCUGCUCUGCCCUUGGUAUGACAUGUUUCUAUCAUGUUCCUUUUUGAAAUUGUCAGACAGCAUAAAAAAUAGGUUGGUACUGCUAAAUGAAUAUAUACAUACACACAUAUAUACAUAAACACACACAUAUAAUGAUGAACCAGACUGUUAAAUAGUAGACCCCAGCUCUGCCCUUGGUAUGAGAUGUCUCUGCUAAACAAAUAAAUAUACACAUAUAUUCAUACACACACACAGGUAGGUAGAUAGAUAGUGACCCAUCUAGUUUUUGGCCACUUUUAUUACUGAAAUAUCUGUCUAUUUGUUCCUAUAAAAUGCUGACACACUAAUGUUAUAUGAAUGUAUGUUUUUUCUGCUGUAAAUUUAGAUUUGUACAGAUCAUGUUAUUAUACAAGCAUUGUUGUUAUAAAUGACAAUAUGUUUA